AUGUUAAAUCCAGUAAUAUUUAUUAAAGAUCCUAUCAAAUAUGAUUAUUCACAAUUUAUUAUUUCUUUACUUCCCAAAUUUAUUAAUUGUAAUCGUAUUGAUUUAGUUAUACUUUCUCAAAUCAAUGAAUCAAAUCAAUUGAAUGAUAUCUUAUAUUUUUAUUAUCAAUUAAUUCGUAACCAUAAGGAUGAUGAAAAUGAUGGGUUUAUGUUUGAUUAUCGAUUUGAAAUUAAUAUAUUAUUUAAUUUAUCACAAAAGAAAUUGAAUCAAUUAUCUUUAAAUAAUUGGAAUCAUGGAUAUAGUAUUAAUGAAUUAUCUUUGUCAUUGUCAAUACCAAUUACUCAAAUAUCAAACAUUGAAAUCCCUCCAAUAAUCCAAUCAAGUUCAAAUAUCGACAAUGAUAAUGGUGCAGUGACUAGGAGAUAUUAUCAACAAUUUAAAACUACAGCUGUUGGAGGAACAUUUGAUCAUUUACAUGAUGGUCAUAAAAUUUUAUUAUCAAUGGCAAAUUUUUUAACUUCAACAAAAUUAAUUAUUGGUAUAACUGAUGAAAAUUUAUUAAUUAAUAAAAAAUUUAAAUCUCAAUUACAAAAUUAUCAAAAUAGACAAAAUUUAGUUAUAAAAUUUAUAAAUUUAUUAAUUGAACCUGAGAAAUUUUUUGAAAUUUAUAAAAUUAAUGAUAUUUGUGGUCCAACUGGUUAUAUAAAUGAUAUUGAUAAUUUAAUAAUAUCUCAAGAAACUAAAUCUGGUGGAGAAUUUGUUAAUAAAUUUCGUAAAGAUCAUGGAUUUAAAUUAUUAGAUAUCACAAUAAUUAAAGUCAUAGGUGGUGGUGGUGGAGGAGAUGAUAAUGGUAAUAAUGUUGAUGAAAAAAAUUCAUGGAAAGGGAAAUUAAGUUCAACUGAUAUUAGAGAACGAGAAUAUAAUCGAUUAUUGAAUCAAAAAUCUUGA